CUCUUAAAAUUUAUACGCUUCAAAAAUGCAUCAAGUAAGCCAGUAAGAAAAAACUAUUUUACUGAAGCUAACUUUGCUUAACUGUAUAGCCUUGUUAAACAGCUUUAAGCUUAUAUAAUCUGGUCGCACGUUUCUGUCUACGGAUUUACAACAGUCUGAAAAAAAAGCCGAGCCCAAUAAAUGAAAGAGCGCCGACGAAUUUCUGUUCUCCGAUAGAUUAUUUAAAGUUGGUGCCAUUAAAUGACAGCAGGCCACGUGCAACAACAGUCCUCGGCUAUGGUCCUCGGAGGAAUGAGAGCCAGAGAUGCGACAAGUGAGUUCGACUUCUUCAGGAAGUCUCAUCUUAGUAUCUCGCGGUUGCCGACCAUCAGUGGAACCGAGAACCAUCUCGACCGGAGUCAUUCUUACUGGCGUGUACAACAACAGAUAUGCGCGGAGGCAGAGAACGUUAGAUUGGCAGAGGACCCUCCAAUGCGAGGAGUGAGUCGGAUCACAACUAAGAGGCAGAACAAAACACUGUAUGGUGGAUACCCAAAGCAGCCAGAAGCCAAACACGUCAAGCCCACACCAAAAACUGCAGCUGCCGCGGCCAAACUUCCGAGCAUGGAUUCAAAGUUGGGCGCCAAAUCUGUUUUCUGGAGGUGGAAUUCACUGUCCGAGGAUCUUCGUAGAGGCAGGGUGCUCAAUUUUCACCAACUAAAGAUCAAACCACCAAAGCAGAACAGCACACAAUCGGGUCAGGGGGGACAGAAUUUAGAAGCUAGUGGGGGGCAAAAAGGAGGGGGACAAAACAGGAGAUGGGACCGGGCUUCGUCUAGGUACCACUAUCGGGUGUCUCCGAGGUAUCACGUGCAGUUUCUGGAGGACAUACAUCAGACCCGCACACUCGGUUGGAAAGGCAACACAAAGAUGGUGAAUUCAGCCAAACGCGAUUCAAAAGCAGCCAAUCAGAAGCAGAUGGGGUAUGAUGGAACUGACUUUGAAGAGGAGGAGGGUGAGGAGGGGGAGAGGGAUGAGUUUGAAGAUGCACUGGCCACGAAUAUCAGUGGCGUAGACGAGGCGGGGGAGAAAGAGGGGGCUAAGAAGGAGGGGGAGGAGAAAGCCGAAGAGAUAGGAGCAGGCGAAGACGCAAACAGUUUGGAGGCAGAGCUGGACAAGGAAAUGGUAAACGAGAAGGAUAAGGAAGACAAGAAAGAAGACGACGAAGUUGCCCAAACUCAGAAGGUGCUCACUGAGAUCCAAGAAGAGGAAGAGAAAGACUGAUAAGUUUAUUGGGAGAGAAAUUGAAAAUGAUGAAAAUGACUGAAGAUUUAGUGUUUAUGUGCUAGAACUGCCAAGUAAAUCAUCUACGAAAUACAUAAAAAGUAUCAAUCCUAAAGUUAUUAGUUAAUCUGCGUUUGAAAUA